AUGCCCUCUGCCCACCAGAAAUGCCCCUGGUUCUCCCCGCUGGCGAGGCCCCGGCGGAGGAGAGCGGGAGCGGCAGCCCAGCGGCGCAGCACUGCUCUUCCUCACCCGUCAGGAGCAGCGGUCCAAGCAGCACUGGGGGAGCUCCAUCCUUCCCUGCCUGGGUACUUCAAAGCCAAACUCCGGGCAGUAGGGUGCAAAAGAGGACGCCAUAAGAGAACGAUGCUACUCUUCAAUGGUUACAAAACAACCACACAAAAAAGACAAGUAGACAAACAAACAGGAAAGAGGAAUAAAAGCCUUACGGGUCUCUUCCAGUCCCAGCAAUUUGAAGAGAUUUUCAAUGCAGUUACAGUUCUGAGUAUGUCAUCGGGGAAAACUAAUGAGCGAAUGAACCAUGUAUUCCUGGUCUAUGAGAAUUCUAAUUCUUCAUCUGGGAAUAAAAAUAAUAUUGUAGAUGCGCACAGUUUAAAUGAACAGAUCUCGCAUCCUCAAGAGUGCUAUUUUUUGGUCCCACCUGAGUCAGUGAGAGAAAAAAUAGGCAUGCCAAAGGUGAUAAGCACCGAUGUUCCUUCAAAUAGACAGAAUAUGAUCUCAACUGUACUAAAAGGAAAUGUUGCUAAAGUGAACUGUAACCUCAGCUGUUAUGUGACAUCUUUACUUUCCACCCAAAAGGGAGAUGAUGAUUAUGAAGAUUACACUUCAAAUAAGACUUGGGUUUUGACUCCCAAAGUCCACGAGAGUGAUGUCACUCUUAUUUUAAAUGGCUUGCUGGAAGGAUAUGACAACAAGUUGAGACCUGACAUAGGAGUUAAACCGACAGUAAUUCACACUGACAUGUACGUAAAUAGCAUUGGGCCUGUGAACGCUAUCAAUAUGGAAUAUACAAUUGAUAUAUUUUUCGCCCAAACGUGGUAUGACAGACGUCUGAAGUUCAACAGCACUAUAAAAGUGCUCAGAUUAAACAGCAACAUGGUUGGGAAGAUCUGGAUACCAGAUACAUUUUUCCGAAAUUCCAAGAAAGCUGAUGCUCAUUGGAUAACAACUCCUAAUAGGAUGCUCAGGAUCUGGAAUGACGGCAGAGUGUUGUACACAUUGAGGCUGACAAUUGAUGCUGAGUGUCAGCUACAGUUACACAACUUCCCAAUGGAUGCCCAUUCCUGCCCCCUGGAAUUUUCAAGCUAUGGCUACCCAAGAGAAGAGAUUAUUUACCAAUGGAAGCGCAGCUCAGUGGAGGUGGGGGACACCAGGUCCUGGAGGCUUUACCAGUUCUCCUUUACAGGAUUAAGAAAUACAACUGAGGUGGUGAAGACUACUUCAGGAGACUAUGUAGUCAUGUCUGUUUACUUUAACCUGAGCAGGAGAAUGGGUUAUUUCACUAUUCAGACCUACAUUCCCUGCACACUUAUUGUUGUGUUGUCCUGGGUCUCUUUCUGGAUUAAUAAGGAUGCAGUUCCAGCCAGAACAUCACUGGGUAUUACAACUGUCCUGACAAUGACCACCUUAAGUACAAUUGCUCGUAAAUCUCUUCCCAAAGUCUCCUAUGUGACAGCAAUGGAUCUUUUUGUGUCAGUCUGCUUUAUUUUUGUUUUCUCUGCACUGGUGGAAUACGGAACUUUGCACUAUUUUGUCAGCAACAGAAAGCCAAGCAAGGAUAAAGACAAAAAGAAGAAAAAUCCACUUCUUCGGAUGUUUUCCUUCAAGGCACCUACAAUCGACAUCCGCCCUCGAUCAGCUACUAUUCAAAUGAACAAUGCUACACACCUCCAAGAAAGGGAUGAAGAAUAUGGGUACGAAUGUCUUGAUGGCAAGGACUGUGCCAGUUUUUUUUGCUGCUUUGAGGAUUGUCGAACAGGAGCAUGGAGGCAUGGAAGAAUACAUAUCCGCAUUGCCAAAAUGGACUCCUAUGCCCGCAUCUUCUUCCCAACUGCCUUCUGUUUGUUUAACCUGGUGUAUUGGGUAUCAUAUCUUUACCUUUAAAAGCAGAAGGAAAUCAGUGAUAUGAGCCUUACUCACUGAAUUUCUUAGAGAGAUGGUUUCCUAAGUCCACUUGAAGUAUUUAUGAUGCGCUUUAUAAUGGUCUGAAUUCUUUAGUGCCAUAAUCCAGUAAAUAUCAAUCAUAUCAUUUGUUCAAAAAUCGCCAUCAGGUUAUUGUGAAAUAAAUGUCUGUUCAACACGCCAAAAUAAUUUGAAAUAAAAAUCAUAUAAACAGGUAAUAUACAGCUAUACCUGCUGGAAUAGAGAGAAACAGCAGACAGGGCAAGGGGAGCACGGCAACAUCGCUUAGUAGUUGGUCCUGCUAUUUCAAACUGGAGUGAGAGAGAAGAGAAUUCCCAGGUAAAGUGCUGUACAGUUU